AUGUAUCUCCUAGCCCAUCUCAUAUAUCAUCAGGAUGCUCAUCCAUCUAAUCACAUUUCAUUCGCAUCAAGGCAUAACAAAGAGCCAUUUAGUAGCAUAACACUCCCAGAUGGUAGGAUACAAGAGCUUUGGCCAGAUCAUUGCGUAGCCAACACUAAAGGUGCAGAAUUACAUGAGGACAUACAAUCAUCCCUGAAUAGCACGUCUAAUAAAGUAGUAUACUUGGAGAAGGGUACCAACAUUGAUGUAGACGCUUACUCAGCUUUUAACGCCUCUUCUCACAAUUUAUUACAUUUACUCAAGGAAUCAUCAACGAUAUACGUUACGGGAUUAGCAGCAGAUUUUUGCGUGAAAGCGACAGCAAUUGAUGGCCAGCUUAAUGGACAUUCUAUUACAGUAAUAGAGGAUGCUACUAAAGCAGUUAGCGAUGAAUCAAAUUGGCGUGAAAAACUUCUCAAAUGUGAUAUUAAACUGAUAAAAUCAACAGAAAUUUAACAAAUAUGCAUGAUCAACCAAAUAAA